AUGUCGGAGCCCCAACAAGAAACAAGGCCGGCAACCGAUGAUGACGGGUUCAACCGGGAUUUGGAGGCAAAGUUAAAGAUUGCAGGGAGCAACGGUCAGACAAAAAACCGGGGUAAUCAAGAAAGCUCGGCACUCACCCGAUCCGCGAAACCGUCGAACGCUGAGGAAGUUAAGAAAGGGAGCAAGAAGGCAGCCCAAAUUCCCGCGUCGACGAUCAAUAUCAAUCGCUCGAAAGCGAGCUACUCGUCGGCACAAACCAACCGGCCGAAUCGUUCUACUAUUUCAGGAAAGCAUCCGGUGGCCAGCCUGACGAAGUGGAAGAGGAACGGGCGGCGAAACUUCAGAAGCUCUGUUGACGUAACGGAUCAAGCGCCGAAACACGAAGGCCCAAACUCGGGAGGAGCUACUGACGAGGAUCCCCCAAAUCCUUACAAAUACGCGUUUUGGAAUGUCAACGUCGCCUUCUUUAAUCAGAGGACCAAGCCAAUUGCCGAAGAAAUAGUGAAGCUGAUGAAGCUGCAUUCCGUGGAUUUUUGCUUUGUCAGUGAAGCCCAUUUGCUCUAUGCUGACCCUGCCCCCCCGUGCGAGCCCGAUCACAAACAUCUUAGUUUUUUCAAAAAAAGUGUCACUGAUGUCGACGGAUCCCUGGAUGUGGCAGACGUGAAGCGCGCAGAUAUCAAAUACCACUAUGGAGAAGAUCCAGGAGUCAAUCCAGAGGGUCAUGACAAACCGGAAAAGGCGAAAAUGCUACUGGUAUACCGCACGGCUGUGAUCGAUGCCAAGGACCUAGAGAUCGCUUAUGAUGUUUUCCCGAUGGUGCAUCCGAAUCCCGCUCAGGUGAAACGUGACGACAUCGACAGGGGGGAUCGCGUGCUGACUGUGAAAAUUGGCUCGACGACCUUUCUUUGCAUGCAUCGACAAACAAGCAGCUUGACUUGCACCGUUAUGGAAGAAAACAAAGAACCAAAAUUUGUAAGCUGGUUUAAAGAGAAACAUGGAUCAAUCAAAAAUCUGAUAUUAUUUGGUGACCUUAAUUUGCCCGGAAUGGAUUGGUAUAAGUUCAAGCCAAGACAAGGCGUCGAACACAUGCUGCUAACCCAGGAUUGUGCAACAUUUGUGAAGGAAAUGGGAUUCGACGAGGAAUGGGUUCGGGAGGUGACCCGCUUCGCACAGGAGAAAGUUUAUGAAAACAACUAUGCAUAUGGAGAGGGAAAACAAACUACUAUUCCCAGUUCGUACGCCAAAUUAGACGUCAUCUUGAGCCGCCGGGGUGGGAUACGACCCCCGGAAAAGGCUUGCGUCAAAUGGAUUCAGCAAUCAGAAGAACCGGGAGAUUACCUAAGCGACCAUUCUGUGAUCCUUUUUAAUCUCAUGGAGGAGAAAAACAGAGCAUUGAACAUCCAAGCUUCGCCAAAGCACGCGAUAUUUCUUAAUGCCCCGUUUGAGUUAGGGCAAACCGUCACUCUGGAAAUUACUAACCACGGCGAGGGCUUUGAUUUUUCCUUGGAGUCCCCUCACCUUCAAUGGAUUUAUGUUGGUGAUUGUGGCCAUACGGACAGAAUGCUAUCGGUCAGCAAAAAUUCUACAAAAUACCUGAAGCUCACGUUCAAAGUGGCAGCCACCACCUCAGUGGAACGAAAGAUGGAUCAUCUGACACCGGCUGGGACACAUUGGCUGAUAUUGACUCAAAAGGGGACCGGGGAGCAGUACCACUGGCGUGUCCUGUUCAACAACGAGACUGAGGCUUCGCUGGCUCUU